UCCCGCUUACAUUUCUAAAGUCACCUCAGAGUGCUACAGGAAGUAUGUUGAAGCCCCACCAGAUGCUGUUCUCCACCAGAAGCUUAAACUAAAACAGGCUGACACCACUACUGGAGUACUCUCAUGUCUUGACAGAGAAUGCACAGAAUCAGACCUUAAAGAAAUAACUGCAUGUUGGGAACAAACAUUUCUACACAAAGGUUCGGACACAGCUCUGGUCAACUACAUCUUCUCUCAUAUCAUGUUAAGAAAUAAGGGAGCAAUCUCUCCUCUUGAUAGCAAGCAUUUAACUGCAUUUAAACAGAACACGCCCCCAGUCUCCACAGAGUCACCUGAGCCCUACAUGUUAGCCCUCCUCUUGCACUGGCCUACAGAGAGUGAGGACAACUGUGUCUUUAACCUCAGUCAAUUAAUAGAGCGUAUGAAAAACAUGUAUGAAAAAGCACAUAAGAAACACCUUCGAUCAAGGUACCUCCGGCCUCUGUUUUUCAUUGGAAAAGGUCAAGAUCUGGACAGAAUUGUUCACAGAAAGGUCCUUGAGGGACUGAUUCUUCAGGGAAAUGAGGAAGCGAUACAAGAUUGGAGCAGAGAGAUGAUUUUCAAAGAUCCCAGGGUCCAAGAACACCUUCUUAAAGUUCAUGGGGAAACACGAAACUACAGAGUCUAUGCAACUAUUGGAGGCACCAGCAUUGAGGUGGAUGCAAACCUCCGAAACAGCCUCUGGAGAAAAUGCCAAGUUUCCUUCUACCUUGGAUUUACCAUCAAAGGUCCUGUAGCCUUUGCCAUCCACACUAAAACUGCAGAAAAGGGAAUCUCAAGGAUGGAUACCUCAGAGUUUGGAGCUUGUUCCGGUGAAAUGGACUCCAAAGAUUUGACAAAACUUCAACCUGCAGUCAACAGAGUGGAUGAGGUUCAAACCUAUAGCCUACAGUCUCAAGCAGGCAACUAUGAGUGCAGUGUGUCUGCCCUGCGCUGGGUUUGUAAGGAAGAAGUCAGCUUCAAAUACAAGUUUAGCUCAUGGGAUGAACACAUGAAGAGGCCUAUCUGUACGGAUUACAUGCCAGCAGGACCCCUAAUGGACAUCACCGUCACAGCUGGGAAGAUGGAGGAGGUGCAUCUGCCGCACUGGAUCUGUGUAGAUCAAAACUCUACAGUUUUAGACAAGUUUGCGGUUCUACAUGCGGAUACCUUUGAUGUUCUGGAGAAGGUACCUGAAGUGAAGUCGUCCCACAUCAAGUUUCUCCAGCCCACUUUCCCUCGGAUGGGGGUCCUGAUCCGGAAGGAACUGGGCCUCCCGUUCUACUAUGACGUGUUGAUAUACAAGACAAACAAAGAGUUCCUCACAUUGGAUGUUUACCUGGUGCCACGGGAUUCUGCUCUACAACAGGAUGUGGAACAAAAGCAAAAGUCUUGUGGAUCAAUAUUAAUCCUAAAACCAGGCCCAGACAAGUCCGUGCAAUUGGGAGAUCAUUUCUCCCUCACAACAGACAAGACGGAUGCAAACAUUCAACCCAGCACACGAGAGCUCAGAUGUGAUGGUAGAAAUUACUUUGAGGUGUUCAUCAGAGAUGCAGACAGCGACUUCACCCUCAGGCUUCAAAGUGAGCAGAACACUGUCUGGACCUGUACCAUUCAUAAAGGAGAUUACCAAAGUCAAACUACUGAUAACUAAGGUCAGCAUUGUGUGGAUCGCCAUCGGACAGCUCUGUGAUUCUGUGAGAGCCUUAAAAACCAAACAAAACCAGAUGAGGGAGAUUCACACGCGUGUGACUGCAGCCGGCACAAAGAGCCAAAGAGAAGCCAAAGAUGAUCUCUAUGAAAUCCUUAAAAGGAUGAAGAGUAUGAAGCGUCUUGUUUCUGAGCUGGAGAGAUCAGGGUAAAGUCAGUGAACGUAAAAAGAAGUCUUGUUGCUUUGGAAGUGGACGCUGGACAUAAUGUUACUGAUUAAAUGUUGCUGUUUAUUUGAUGUACUGGACAAGCAACGAAGCACUCAGUAGAAAAUAAUCUUUUUUUAUAUCGUUUUCAUGUUUAAUUUCUUUCGUAAAUAUUCAGUGUUUUACAUUUGGCCAAAUGGGUAAAUCAAACCCAAUGUUAUUGUGAAGGACACUUUUAAAGACACAGUUUAUGUUUAAAUGUUGUUUAAUAUGUGACAGUUCUAAAGCUUUGAUGAGUAGAUGUGAGGAAGAACACAUGACUUAUUGCUUGAUUAAAAACUUUGAAAAUGUUAAUGAAGAUUAAUGAAGAGAUUGAAGGUUUGUUUGAUUAUAUAUAUUAUUUUAGUUAUAUUUUUGGGCUUUUUAUGCCUUUUAAUGCCGGAGAGAGAAUUGUAGA